UCAUGUCCUGGCUGUCAGGUUGACAGAUCCCGGUUAAGAGUAAGGGCAGCGGUACCGGAGCGGCAGAGCUCUGCUGAGGUUCCCUGUUAUCCCGCUGUUACUGUCACAACAAGCGCGUUCCUAGUUGCAGCUGGAGAGGCGGCAGAGGGAAGGAAAGAGUCAGAAGAAGAGGACAAAUAAUUCAAAAACUGUAAAAAAGAAAAAAGCGGCUCCUGAUACCUUUAAGAGCUGGUACCAGAAAGAGUUGGGCACUGGACUGGUUGCCGAAGCCUGUCCUUCAAGUGUCUCAGAAUUGGGGAAAAUGGCCUCUGUACUACUUGCACGUCAAGUGACUCUCAAUCUGCAGCAAAAUGCCAGACUACUUGUACCAUGUAAUAGAUAUAUCAGUCAAGCUGCUUCAAAAAAAAAUGUUGAUUUUGAAUAUGACGGUCCUCUUAUGAAGACAGAAGUUCCAGGACCAAGAUCACGAGAGUUGAUCAAACAACUUAGUGCAAUACAGAAUUCUGAAGCUGUGCACUUCUUUUGCAACUAUGAAGAGAGCAGAGGCAACUACCUUGUUGAUGUGGAUGGAAACCGAAUGCUAGAUUUGUACUCACAAAUAUCAUCUGUUCCUAUUGGCUAUAAUCAUCCUGCCCUUAUAAAAAUUCUGCAGCAACCACAGAAUUUGAGCACAUUUGUUAACAGACCAGCACUUGGCAUCUUACCACCAGAGAACUUCACAGAAAAACUAGAGGAUUCCUUACUAUCGAUUGGGCCUAAAGCAUUAAGACAAGUUAUUACAAUGUCCUGUGGAUCAUGCUCUAAUGAAAAUGCUUUUAAGCUUACAUUUAUGUGGUACAGAAAUAAAGAACGAGGUCACACUGGUGUCACUAAGGAAGAACUGGAUUCUUGUAUGAUUAACCAGUUUCCAGGUUGCCCAGAUUAUAGCAUUUUAUCCUUCAUGGGUGGUUUUCAUGGCAGGACUAUGGGAUGUUUGGCAACUACACACUCUAAAGCUAUCCACAAACUGGACAUUCCUUCUUUUGACUGGCCUAUUGCCCCAUUUCCAAGGCUAAAAUAUCCAUUGGAUCAGUUUGUUAAGGAGAACCAGGAUGAAGAAGCUCGCUGUCUGGAAGAAGUGGAAGACCUGAUUGUAAAAUACAGAAAAAAGAAGAAGACUGUUGCUGGAAUUGUGGUGGAGCCAAUCCAGUCAGAAGGAGGAGACAAUCACGCUUCAGAUGACUUUUUCAGGAAACUGAGAGAUAUUGCUAGAAAGCAUGGCUGUGCAUUUUUGGUGGAUGAAGUGCAGACAGGAGGAGGAUCUACUGGAAAAUUCUGGGCUCAUGAACACUGGGGGAUGAAUGACCCAGCUGAUGUAGUGACAUUCAGUAAGAAACUGAUGACAGGAGGAUUUUUUUACAAAGAAGAAUUCAGGCCUAAUGCACCCUACCGUAUUUUUAAUACCUGGCUCGGUGACCCAUCAAAGAAUCUUCUCUUGGCCGAAGUGUUAAAUGUGAUUAAGAGGGAAGAUCUUCUAAGUAACUCUGUGCAGGCUGGAAAGGCUCUUCUAGAUGGACUGCUGGAUUUCCAGGCUCGUUACCCACAUCUAGUACGCAGAGCCAGAGGCAAAGGCACGUUCUGUUCAUUUGACACCCCUAGCGAUGAAAUCCGAAACAAAAUCAUAUUGCAAGCAAGGAACAAAGGUAUUGUGCUUGGAGGUUGUGGUGACAAGUCCAUCCGUUUCCGACCAACUUUGGUUUUCAAAGAGCACCAUGCUCACCUAUUCCUCAACAUCUUCAAUGAUAUCCUGGCGGACUUUAAGUAGAAGUUACAUUGUUACUGAAGUCACCUGCCUGAAGUUGAGCCAGAAAUACAGAUCCGUAUCACGUCCGGCUGGCGGUUCCCUACACAUAGUUCAGGUUUAACUUUAAGCAGUGGGGGUUGGAUGUUUUCAUUUCAUUCCAAAACAGCCCCCCCCCCCCCCAAAAAAACGAAUUCAAUGUGCCACAACGAUGUCUAUUUUCUUAGUAAAAACUGAUGAUUUUCCUAGUGUACAGCAUAGGCUAUGCAGGGAUGUUAUAAUGGUGACAUUCAUUUUAUUAUAAUUCUAUGGAGCAGCUUCAAGCAAAAACAAUAUACAAUCUAAAGAUAUAGAACAGGUAUAUUUCUCAUUCCUUCCUUUAUUCAAUUGUUUUGUAUUAGCGAGAAUUCUCUAAGGUCUGUUUCAGUAUCAUGUUAACUCUGUGCAUGUGUUGCUGUUUUUGAAAAACAAGAAAAGAAAUGUGUGGUCUGUUCCUCUGAUUUGAUUCCAACCUGGUUUAUAGACAGUAAAUAGUUUAGUAUUUCAUCCUUUCAUCUCCUAAGGCGCUGAUAGACAAUCCCUGGUGCUCUGGAUGGUGCAAACAACCUCCCUAGCAACAUUCCAGAGAUGGCUUGUCUCUGCCCUAAAUUUUAGCCCUUAGAUUAAAUACAGUGACGUCGAUGCAUCUAGUAAUCGCUUUCUGUUUGAAUAUUAGAUACAGCAGCAUCUAUUCAAAAUCAGAAUUUAAAAAUGUAAUUUUUGUGUCUCUGUAAAUAUGGUGCACGCCUGUAACUUCUAAGGCCAUUAAGGAUUAACAUAUAUAUAAACAAAUAAUACUAAUAAGAUAAUAACUAUGUAAUAGUAAGUGAAGUUAAAAAAGACAGAACUAUAUCCAGCUCAGCCUUCGCAAAGGAAGGGGAAAAUAAAAAAAACAGGAGUAUAGUGUCAAGUUUAGACUUUAUAAUCCUGAUCCAAAAUGGCACACUUAAGCUGUGGCAAUGUAAAGAUUUCGAUGCCCGCGAAUUGACGCCGUCAAAAUUUGAGUUUCGCUAAUUUUUCGACAUUUCGCGGGAAAUUCGUUAAUUUUUCAGCGAAAGGGGACAAAUUAGCCCAUCACUAAUAUUGUAUUAUCUGUGAUGGAGGGAGCACAGCAGCACUUGCUACACACUGCUGCCUUCAGGCAUGAUAAGACUGAACCAUUUAACAGUAACUGGUGGGGAGUUUUCACUUUCUGUUGACAGCUGUGUAUUCCUUCUAAUGAUGUGAGAUCUGAGUGCAGAGGCUUCUGGGUAAGGCCGCUUUAUAGCUCCCAGGCACUGAAGAAAUCCCUAGAAGUCCCACAGAAGGUACUAUUUUAAUUCCCCAGAUAUAUAUAUAUAUAUUCACAUAUACACACACACAUUCAAAUAACAUAUCUUCAAUGUAAAUGACGUAGCAUGACACAACUAUUGAUGCGGUUACCAGUUUUAUGAAUAACAUUUUUAUAAAUGUACAAGUUGGAAAUCCACAAUCUGCCAUUUCCCCCAAGAGAAAAUUACGGAGGAGGAGUAAUGAGGUGCUGGAACAAAAUGAACACGAUCUACGGUUUACAGUGUGUAGAGUGCCAAACAUGUAUAAAGUACUAACUAAACAUCACAGUGUGACAAAGUCAUCAAAUAUGUGAAUUUAAUUGUUUCAUGUGUUAAUUAGUUUCAAAUAAAGUCGAUUUGUAAGUUUAAA